UCGGACCUCGGUGCUCGGUGAUUUGUCGUCUGUGUUUGUAAAUGUAAACAAACAAUUGCUGUUUUUUAUUUUAACGCCAGAAAGAAUAAUUAAUAAGGUCUAUAGAUCAUGAAUGACGAAUUAGAUUUUGUUUCUAAAUUACCAGCGAGAAACCUGAUUGAUCCCAACGCCUUUGAUGUGUCCAUGAGUGCAGUAUUGAUCGGUCUUGGCGCUGAAAAAUAUAUCGAUAUUUUUAGAGAACAUAAUAUUGGCCAGUGCACACUAAUCGAAUUGACCGACGAAGAUUUGGAAAAAUUAGGUGUCACUGAUCCAGAAAUCAGAAAAAAGCUAAUAGAAGAAGUAAAAAAUCUACCAAUUUAUGAGGAUACAGCUGCAAACCAAACGACAGUGAGCCCUAAUUUAAGUGUCAUAGACAUAAUUGAUGUGUUGGAGGAGAGUUCACAGCAUAUGUACAGGAUCUACCUCAGUAUGAUGACUAAUACAUUGGUGUUAAAAAAGCAAAAAACGCCUGAUUGUUUGAUAUACAAAGACAAGUACGCAUCACACAUUGCUGUCACCACACUGAGUCAUAUGACAAAUGUAUUGAACUCAAUGGAAAUAGCCCUCCACACUCAAAUGAAGAUAAUGUCAAAGGACUCAAGAAAAAAGAAAACUAAGAAGCUUGUAGUCGGAACCGUCGGAAGUGCAGUCGUAGUUGUGUUAGCAAUUUAUUUUGUCCGCUCAUUAAAGCAGUUACAAUAGUACUGUUUUUUAAUAGUAAAUAGUGUUUUAAAAAAAACAAUCAUUAUUGAAGAUAAAUAAAGUACCUGAUUCUAAAA